GAAAAAGAACAAGCCUGAAACUCCCGCUAAGGUAAAGGCAGUAUGUGCAUAAGGGGUGGUUGGUUGUAAUUGUGUUCCUACUUCCCCACCCCUGGUGAGUGAUAAAUCCCAGAUCAAUUGGCUACCUGGAGCAAAGUCCAGCUCCGUAAUUUGGUUAAAGUCAGAUAACACCUGGGUCAAGAGCAAUGCCACAGCAAAGCUUGUUUCUGACAACUGGGUUGUUUUUCUGAUUCUGGCUUUGGGAGCAGGUAGUUAGAGGCAAGGGAAAGAGAUUGAACUGCUGACAUUGAACUGAGAUUUUCAUACGUGGGAAGAGAAAGGAGCCACAAUUCUCUGAGACCUUAGAGCGAGCCUGUAUGGCUUCAGGUACACCGUUUGAAGAUCUGGUUCCUGAUUUCUCCUGCCCUAUUUGCCUGCAAUGGUUCUUGGAGCCAGUUGCCCUCCCUUGUGGGCACCUCUACUGCCAGGCCUGCAUUGAGACUGCUUGGGGAGCCCGUAGCAGCAAACACAUCUGUCCACAAUGUCGGGAAGAGUUUCCGGAGAAGAGGUACACCCCUUGCAAGCUCUUAGAGACCUUGAUCCACCGAAUCAGGGGAAUGAAUCCCAAGGAGACUGAGGAAGGGCGACGCAGCAGUGCUAAUGGCAGGGAAUGUGCACCGGAGCAGGAUCGUGCAAGGCUCCCUGUCCACGAAGCAACAGAGUGGUGUAAGGGGGAGCUGAGUUUGGCAGUUUCUCAGAUGGAAUCUAACUUGGCCAAACUUCUUGUGCUUAAGAGAGAGGAAGAAGAAAAGCUCCAGAACCACCAGGCAGUUAUGCUAAGCUUGGAUGACCACAUCACCACUGAAUUCAGGCAGCUUCACCACUUCCUCAAUGCCCAAGAGAAGGUGUGCAAGUCAAAGUUGGCAGAGGAAGGAGGCGCCCUGCUCCAAGAGACAAAGGAGAGGCUGAGGCUGCUGAGGGAGGCUUGCCGCGGUUGUCAGGAGCUGCUGUUGGAAGCCCAGGAUCAUCUGGAACUACAAGACUCUUCAGAUUUCCUAACAGGCAUACACUCUCUCCUAAACAGGGCGAAGCAGCAGCAAACCACUCCAGCUUUUCCUGUUGUGCCACCAGUAUUACAGGUCCUUGGACGAUUCAAAGGACCUUUGCAAUAUGCUGCCUGGAAGGAAAUGAAAUCUGCUCUCAACAUAGAUUUCCCCCUGAUAACCCUGGAUCCUGAAACAGCUCAUCCUUGCCUGGUCCUUUCGGAGGACUGCACUUCUGUCCGGGACGGCCACAUACGCCGGGAUGUCCCUGACACUCCUGUGCGGUUCAACUACUGUGUAGCGGUCUUGGGUUGCAGAGGUUUCUGCUCUGGAAAACACUACUGGGAGGUGGAAGUUGGCAACAAGCCCUCUUGGACAUUAGGCCUGGUUAGCAUCUCCAUCAACCGCAAGGGGAAAAUCGCUGCCUCCCCCAGCAAUGGAUUCUGGGUAAUUCGGUUUAGGAAUGGGGUAGAAUUAAUGGCAAAGGACACUCCACCUCAAAGGCUCUGCCUCAGCUCCUUUCCCAAAAGAGUUGGUGUUUAUCUGGACUAUGUCGGUGGGCUGGUGUCCUUCUAUGAUGCCUCCACCAUGGGCCAUCUCUAUUCUUUUGUCACCUCAAGAUUUGCCGGGAGGCUGUUCCCUUAUUUUUGCCCUGGGCUGUUCAAUUCAGGGGAGAAUGCGUCCCCCUUAAAAAUAUGCCACCCUCCCCUUUUGUAAAGGAGAAUAUUCCUCAAUUUUCCUGUUUUGAUCUGAUUUUACGUUGGGAACCUUAUUCCUUCUAGUAAAAUCUCCUGGCCAACAAUGAACAUCCCUUUAUUCUAAAAGUUCUCAGAUUUUUCACUUGAUUUGAUUUUUUCAAAAGUUGAUUCCCAAUUUUGUAAGUUGCUCACUCAUUCCUGGAAAUGGCUCCUAACUUGGAGAAUCUACAUAAAAUGACUCAGAGGUGAAUGAAAAUAUAAUUAAAUUAAGCGAUUAUCUUAAAA